ACCUCGUCCUUUGUUGGGAAUGCGACUAGUUAUCUUGUUCGUCGGAAUCCUGGUGUUGACGUUGGUUAAUCACAGCCUUUGCAUUGCUACCAAUGUCCGUAAUCCAGAUGCCACCAUGUCAACGGUGGAAAUCAUUCGUUCACGUGGUUAUGCUUGCACCGUCUACCAUGUCACAACAGAAGAUGGAUACAUCCUGGAAUUGCAUCGUAUCGGUUUGUCAAAUGGUCGACCUGUAUUGCUCCAACACGGUCUAUUGAGUACAGAUAUUGACUGGAUCACCAAUCCUGCCAGUCAAUCCCUAGGCUUUCGUUUGGCUGAUAUGGGCUAUGACAUUUACCUUUCAAACUCACGAGGAAACACAUAUUCGAGACGACACGUCCGGCUGGAUCCCAAAGCAGAAGCAUACUGGAAUUUCUCAUACGACGAAAUGGGAUUGUAUGAUGUGCCUGCCAACGUUGAAUUCAUUCUCAAGUUGACUCGACAACCCAAGUUGAUAUAUAUCGGUCAUUCAAUGGGUGCUGCCAUAUUUUACAUAGCAACAGCAAGUCGGCCGGAACUGAACCAUAAAAUCGAUUUAAUGAUUGGCUUAGCACCUGUUGCCAGUAUGGCCCAUUUCAAUAGCCCUGUGAAGGCCCUUGCCCCUCACGUGGACGCUAUCCAGUUCUUUUUGCGAGCCACACGCACCAGAGCUUUCCUAGCCAAAGAGAAUUGGAGUCGACGCUUUCAAAAAUCUGUAUGCCAGCAUACGUUGAAAACGAUCCAGCUCUGCCAAAAUGUCAUCUUUUACAUUACGGGCACCGACAGAGAAAAUUUCAAUUCUUCAGUGCUCUCCGUUAUCGAAGGCCACUUCCCAGGAGGAACAUCAGUCAAUACGCUCGCUCAAUUUGCACAGGGAUACAACACAGGUAAACGUGAAGGAGAACAAUUCCGGGCCUACGAUCACGGCCCUUCCGAGAAUUUACGACGUUAUGGUGUUUCCCGGCCUCCAUCAUACAAUCUUAGCCUGGUGACAGCUCCAGUGUACCUCUUCUGGGGUCCUGGGGAUUUGCUUGCUUCACCCAAGGAUAUCGAGUGGCUGUCAAAACAGCUAGGCAACUUGCAGUCAUCUGUAAGAGUUGAUUGGCCCGAGUUCAACCACCUCGAUUUCCUGUGGGGGAUAAAUAGCAAUCGACUACUCUACGACCCUUUAAUGGCUUUGCUGCCCGAUCCGUGAUAACUUCCGUCUACAGAUGCUCAAACA